AUGGUGGCGCGGAAAUGGUUCCUGCUCGUGGGCGAGAACGGCAAGGAUCUCACAUCGACGACUUCUGUCGGGGUGGAUGUUGAAGAUGUGGAUACGUUGCGGGAUGCGGUGAAGGAGAAGCUCAGAGACAGCCACCUAGCAGGGAUUGCUGCGUCCGAUCUCACAGUCUUUGCGAACCGGGCGGACAUGGUGUCUCUGGCGUUGAAGGAAGGUAUUGAAGCUGUUGAAGUUGUUGCUCGCAGCUCUCUGCUGGACUUUGCGAUUUUGAAGUCGUCCAAACCCAGAUCAUUCUUCAUUCCUCCAUGGAAUGGAAGACCAGAUGAACUAAGAGGACGCUAUGAUCUUGUGUUGGCAUCGUAUCGACUCGGUAUUGACGAAUACCAAGACGUGUUUAAGAAUCAACUGGGAUUUGCUCCGGUAGCCGGCAUCUCCAUCAGUGCUCACAGAAGACACAUCAUGUAUUCGUGCCCAACGUACGCUGGAGAUUCUGGUGCUGCACUUCUUAUCAAGGAUGGAUUUCUUGUCGGUAUCCAUCUGGAAACGAUCAAUGCACUCCGCGAAGAGAUGGACCGCAAGAAAACCGUCAAGGAUCGCUUGAAUGAUGUGGAGGAGUCUCUGGACAACAUUGCGAGAAGCGGACUAGCGCAAGGCUGCUCAGGUCUUUUGGUUCAUGAGUUCAAGGACGUAGUGAGCGAGUACUGGACGCAAGCCGAACACAAUGCCUCUCGCAACAAUGAGCUCGUCAUCUAA